AAAUCUGAUACCAAGUUGUUUUGGUGACGCCGGCCAAUGCAAAAUAAAUACAUCGCGAAUGAUUGAAAAGCUGCAUAUUUAUUUUACUAUAAAAAUUAAAAUUGAAUUUUUAAUUUAUUAUAUACUCUGAGAUAUAGAUGUAGAACACGGUUUAAAGUUGCAAAUCUUAAUUCAUAACAAUCUGCCUACAUUUCCAUUAACUAUAAUAGUUUGUACUUACUUCUUGAGGAGAGAAACGUAAAUUAAACCGCAGCUAUGGCUGUAUCCACAGGCAUGUCGUUUUUGAUCUCUACACUGUUGGCGUUGUCACUAUUUUCUGUAAUGCAGCUGAAUAGCAAAUGGUUGAUAUCCAGUUCUGCUCAUGUCAUUGGCACAGGCUUUCUAGGAUCAGUGCUGUUUACAUUAUCUUUAACUGCUGUGAGCAAUUUAAUGACCAUACUUUUAGGUGAUGGGUAUCAAGCAAGUUUGUUUCCAGAAAUUUCCCUGUCGUUAUUAUUUACAUUUAUAACGUGUGCAUCCAUACAUAGAGUUUGUGCAACAACUAGCUUGUUGUUUUCUCUGUUUGCUUUGUAUAAUAUCUACAAUAUUUCACAAAAGACAUACAAUUCAAGUUCAUUACUUAAAACAACUGUUGUACAAUCCAAGAAAAAGAAACAUUAAAAAUAUACAUUUUUUUAAAUUGUGGUAAAUUUAGUAUUUAAUACAUAACAAAGACAUUCUAAUUUUUGUACAUUAUUAUUUUUCCAUUUAUCUUUAAGAAUUAUAU